UAACAGGUUUAGGGUUCAGGGUUCGAUUCCGACUCACUCCCCCAAACAUUUGAAAUUCGUCUGCAAAUAACAGGAAUGGAAGAAGAAGCAGCGAACGACGACAACGUAUGCAUCGCUAAACUGUUUGGUUCAAAAUCGAAGAAGAAGAAGAAAACCAAAACCACAAACACAAACACAAAGCCAAAGGAAACCCAAACUGUUGCUGUUGUUUCUGCAAUCAAUGGCGGUGCUGACACUGGACCAAGGAUAUCUCUCUUCGAUUACUCGGUUGAGAAUUUCUUCAGAGACAUGGACACCAUUGCCAGACUCUGCGGGAACGAAGAACAACACCACAUUGAUCUUGAUCAAAGCGAGAUCCAGAGAAUGUCUUCCUCUGUCACUUUCUUACGACAAUGGAGAGAUUUUAAAUACCCAUCGAGAAGCAUUAGAUUUGCUCACGGCCUUGAGAGCUCGGAGUGCUGUCAGGGAAAAGAUGUCGGUGCCCUAAGUUUACCUCAGUUUUCAUCUGCCAUUGUUCCUAAGCAUGAUAUGCAAAAGGAGGUUGAAUCUCAGGAUUCCAGAGACUUUGUGAUGAAUGUUGGAGGCUCCAUAUGGGCAUUAGAUUGGUGUCCCCGGAUACAUGAAGAUCCUGAUUGUUCAAUUAAAUGUGAGUUUAUUGCUGUUGCUGCUCAUCCACCUGGCUCUUCUUAUCACAAGAUUGGUGCCUCACUUGCUGGUAGAGGUGUCGUACAAAUAUGGUGUAUUGUGAAUGUCAGGGGACAAAAUGAGGAUACAUCCUCUGUCACUGAGAAGAGAAAAGGAAGACCAAAAAAAGAUGGAGGAACAAAUGACAAAUCAUCACAAAUGAAGAGGCCUAGAGGACGGCCUAGAAAGAAUUCAACUGUAAUAGCAGUGGAUGAUACAAAUUGUGACACUCAGGACAUGCCAUCUCUAAAUAUCAGGGGAUACAAUGAGGAUACAUCCUCUGUCACUGAGAAGAGAAAAGGAAGACCAAAAAAAGAUGGAGGAACAAAUGACAAAUCAUCACAAAUGAAGAGGCCUAGAGGAAGGCCUAGAAAGAAUUCAACUGUAAUUGCAAUGGAUGAAACAAAUUGUGACACUCAGGACAUGCCAUCUCUAAAUAUCAGUGGACAAAAUGAGGAUACAUCUCAUGUCACUGAGAAGAGAAAAGGAAGACCAAAAAAAGAUGGAGGCACAAAUGACAAAUUAUCACAAAUAAAAAGGCCUAAAGGAAGACCUAAAAAGAGUUCAACUGAUUUGGAUAAGACAAAUUGUGAGACCCAGUACUUACCAUCUCUUGCAGUUCAAUUUGCAGAAAAUUCUACUGAUUUUUCUGCUCUUGAUGGAAAUCUUGAAAACAGUGAAGAAAUAUUUCCUACUACGAACAAGAGAAAAAGAGGACCUAAAAAACACGACGCCACCAAUGACAAAUCAGCACCCAUGAAGAGGCCUAGAGGAAGAUCUAAAAGGAAUUCAAGAGAAGUAACAAUUAGUGAUUUGAAUUGUAAUGACCAAUUUGUUCCUCUUGCUGUUCAAUUUCCAGAAGAUUCAGCUGAAUUUAUUACUCCAGAUGUGGCACACGGAAAUUGCAAUGAGCAUGCUGCCCAACAAUGUUCUGAUACAGAGCAAAAGCAUGCCAAGAAAGUUGAUUUUGCAUCCAAUUCAGAAACUUUUGUUAAAAGUAGAUUGAAUAUUGACCAUAUGGAGGGGAGAUCCAAUGAAGAUGUGAGUCAACCUCUAUUGAUACAGUGUGGGAACGCGACAAACCAUCAAAUGUGUUGUAGCUCUGAGUUGGAACCUCCAGCAGCUACUUGUUCUAUUCCUGAUGUAACUAUGCCCAGAGUUGUGUCAUGCGUAGCUCAUAAUGGAAAGGUGGCAUGGGAUGUGAAAUGGCGGCCUCUUAACAAUUCUGAUUCCCUAUGUAAGCAUCGGAUGGGCUACCUUGCUGUCUUGUUGGGUAACGGAUCUCUGGAAGUGUGGGAGGUUCCUCUUCCUCAUGUAUUGAGAGCAAUUUAUGGGCAGAGAGAGGGCACUGAUCCACGUUUUAUAAAACUAGAUCCUGUAUUCAAAUGCUCUAUGUUAAAGCGUGGUGGCAGACAAAGCAUUCCACUGACCAUGGAGUGGUCAGUUACGCCCCCUCAUGAAUAUUUACUUGCUGGCUGCCAUGAUGGAACGGUUGCUUUGUGGAAAUUCUCUACAAAUUCUUCAUCAAAAUGUGAUGAUACAAAGCCUGUGCUUUGUUUUGGUGGGGAUACCGUUCCUAUUAGAACAGUUGCCUGGGCGCCUUUUGAAGGAGAUCCAGAGAGUUCUAACAUAAUAGCAACAGCAGGGCAUGAAGGCCUUAAGUUUUGGGACCUACGUAAUCCAUUUCGUCCUUUGAGGAACCUACAUCCUGCACCAAGGAUCAUAUACAGUCUGGACUGGACGUCAAAACCAAGUUCUAUCAUUAUGUCCUUUGAUGAUGGAACAAUGAGAACCAUGAGCUUGAUGAAGGCUGCAAAUGAACUCCCUGUCACAGGAACAACAUACAAUGGAAAAAAGCAACCUUGGAUGCACGGUUCUACAUUUUCAACUUCUGCUAUUUGGAGCGUUCACGUGUCACCUAUAACAGGUAUGGCUGCAUAUUGCUGUGCAGAUGGUACUGCCAUUCGUUUUCAGCUUACUACUAAAGCAGUGGAGACAGAUAAUUCACACAAUCGAAUUCCAUACUUUCUCUGUGGCUCGCAAUCUGAAGAGGAAUCAACGCUCAUUGUCAACACUCCAGUACCAAACACUCGAUUCCCAUUGAGGAAGCCACAAGAAAGGGCCCGGCAUGCUCAUUCUUUCAGAGAGUUUUUAUCCAAGGAAAAUCUGAGCAAAAGUGUGAAUAAUCAAAUGGCAAAAGCUAAUGAUGCUGAUUCUCAGACUUUAGCCCUAUGUGAUGGUGACAACUUGAGUUUGGAAUCUGAUGAAGCAUUGUCUUCUGGAGAGCAGCAUGGGAGAGAGAAAUUGAGUUCCAGUAGAAAGAAAAAGGCAGUAGAAAGCACAGCUAUUGUUUGCACCGAUGAUGUGUCGACAAGUAGACGUGCAGUUGAUGACGAGAAGUCUGAUUUUGGGGGUAUACCUGAAGUCUUUCCUCCCAAAAUGGUUGCAUUGCAUAGAGUGAGAUGGAACAUGAACAUGGGUAGUGAGAGAUGGCUGUGCUAUGGAGGAGCUAGUGGCGUUUUACGUUGCCAGCAGAUUGAGUUAUCUCUUACCGAUAAAAAAUGGGCCUUGAAGAGAUGAUAGCAUUUUAUCCCCUUGGGUUUAUGUAAGGUGUAUGUAUGGGGGAAAAGGAAGAACAGUAGUUUUUUAAUUUCUAAAUUAAGGAAAGAAUAUGUUUGUGUAACUAAAUCUCAACCUUUGCAGAUGAUUGUUAGCACUUAAUUUUAUCCAGUGUAAAUUUGAGAUUAAUUUUAA